CAAGUCACACGUUUGCUGAAAGCAAUAUAUCUUUGUUAAAACACAACAGCACGGCGUAUGUUAGCGGAAAUCUUUUAGAAAAGUUUAUAUUCAUCUGUACUGAAAUGUAAGAACAUCAACAGCGAGUGUUAAGAUUAAUAUUUCUACACAAAUUUAAUUUCAAUCGAAUGGCAAAAGGCUUACAUAUUCACAAGCAAGGGACGCUACUCUGGUGGAUUUUCUGACGAAAUUUGGUUGUAAGCCAACAUUUCUCAUGGGCGCGGCCAUAUUGGAUUUUUCAACACCGGCGACUGACAUAUUUUCUCUCUUUUCUUAUUAAAUACUAAAUAUGGAAGAAACCCGCGAGCAAAUCCAGGAACAGAUCAAACAUCAAGGAGAAUUAGUUCGCAAAUUGAAAGCUGACAAGGCAGAUAAAGAUGUGAUGUGCUGAUUGGAUUUUCUCUUCAUUUGCAUAUCUACUGUGGCCCCUCCUACAUUGAUCAUCUAUAUUCUUUCGUUUGAUAAAAUGGUGUUGCCUUUGUGCUCGUUCCACCGUCAACUGUUACUGUGUCGACGUUUGAAACUAUCACCAUGGCUGCGCUGUUACUCUGAUUCGCAGAUAUCUCAAGAAGUGGCCAAGCUGUUGGAGUUGAAGGCAAAACUUGGAGAUGAGCCUGCUAAAAAAUUUGAUCUUAAAUGCCCAAAGGGCACGAGAGACUACAAUCCCAUUCAAAUGGCAAUCCGAGAGGGGGUGUUUAACACAAUUAUAAAGUGCUUUAAACGUCACGGGGCUGAGACCAUAGACACACCAGUGUUUGAGUUGAAGGCCACAUUGACUGGGAAGUAUGGUGAAGAUGCCAAGCUGAUCUAUGACCUGAAGGACCAAGGGGGAGAACUCUUGUCACUUAGAUACGACCUCACAGUACCAUUUGCCCGUUAUUUAGCUAUGAACAAAAUCAACGCCAUAAAACGAUAUCAUAUCGCCAAAGUCUACAGACGGGACAACCCUGCCAUGACAAGGGGCAGAUUUAGGGAGUUCUACCAGUGUGAUUUUGAUAUAGCUGGCCAGUAUGAUCCAAUGCUGCCAGAUGCAGAGUGUGUAAAGAUUGUGGUAGAGAUUCUGUCCCAGCUGGAAAUUGGCGACUACAAAAUACGAGUCAAUCACCGAAAGUUGUUGGAUGGAAUGUUUGCUGCCUGUGGAGUUCCAGAGGACAAGUUCAGAACCAUUUGUUCAGCUGUUGAUAAACUUGAUAAGACGUUCUGGGCCGAUGUGAGAGCAGAGAUGAUUGAUGAAAAGGGACUCGACCCCCAGGCAGCUGACAAGAUUGGAUUCUUUGUGAAAUUCAGUGGAGGUCUGGAUGUGAUUGAGGAGCUGUUGAAGGAUGCCAGCCUGGCCACUCAGAAGGAGGCAGUGGAGGGACUGCAGGAAAUGAAGCUGCUGCUGCAGUAUUGUGAAAUGUACAAAAUAGCAGACAAGGUGGUGUUUGACUUGAGUCUGGCCCGAGGUCUGGACUACUACACAGGGGUGAUUUAUGAAGCCUGCUUGCAAGGUUACACCCAUCAGCCGACCAGCCCUGCUAGCGGUCAGGAGGAGGAGUCUGUUACCGUGGGCAGUGUUGCUGGGGGCGGUCGCUAUGACAAUCUUGUUGGCAUGUUUGACGCCAAGGGCAAGAAGGUCCCCUGUGUAGGCGUCAGCAUUGGAAUUGAGCGAAUAUUUGCCAUCAUGGAGCAUAAGGCUUUGGCAACAAACUUGAAGAUUCGAACCACAGAAACAGAGGUUUAUGUUGUGUCUGCUCAGAAAAAUCUGGUAGAGCACCGUCUGCGUCUCUGUCAGGAACUCUGGGAUGCAGACAUCAAGACGGAGCAGUCGUACAAGAAAAACCCCAAGCCCCUGGACCAGUUCCAGUACUGUGAAAGCAAUGGGAUCCCUCUGUCUGUAAUCAUUGGCCAGUCGGAGAUAGAGAACAAUGAAGUCACACUGAAAAAUACCCUCACCCGCGUAGAGAGAAAGGUCUCGAGAGAUGCGUUAGUACAAGAAAUCAAGAAAGAGCUGGCCCAACUCAAGUCACAGUAAGAAGUGGAGGGCCAAUAAUCAACAGGGCCUAUAAGAAUCUAGACAGAAUCAGCAAAACUUAAUCUUUAAGACUCUUUUUUUAUUGUUAAAAUGGCAUUUUGUGUGUCAUUUGAGAUACCUUAGAUGUAUGUUGGAUGUAAUAUGUGUCUGUAGAAUUUUUCUCUACAGAUGUGAUCUGAUGAGUAUAUUGUGAAUUCUUCUUCUUAAACUGCAAUAAAUGUCUUGAAAAGAAA